AUGUUCUACUCUCACCAGCUUCUUGCUAGGAAAGCUCCGCUAGGUCAAAUAUGGAUGGCAGCUACAAUGCACGCCAAAAUGAAUCGGAGAAAGCUCGAUCAAAUCAACCUCAUUCGAAUUUGUGAAGAAAUUUUGAAUCCAUCAGUACCAAUGGCGCUCAGACUUUCUGGAAUUCUUAUGGGUGGUGUUGUAAUCGUUUAUGAGCGCAAAGUUAGACUCCUAUAUGAUGAUGUAAAUCGUCUUCUGGUUGAAAUCAACACUGCAUGGAAGGUGAAACCUGCUGUGGACCCUACAGUUCUCCCAAAGAGGAAAAAUAAAGCCAAGUUUGAAUCUGUGACAAUACCUGAGAACCAAGAAGUAAAUUUUGGAGAUGUUGAGCCGUCAAUUGACUACUCUAACAGAUACACCAGCAGUGCAACUUUUCAGCGAACAGCUUAUGUUGCCAUGAGACUUGAUACUAUAGAUGAUUUUAACGAGAAUUUCAGGGAAGCAGACUUAAAUGGACACCAGCAUCAAGCGGAUCCUGCUAAUAUUACCUUAAAUGACCCCUUUGAUUCACUUCGUGCUGAACCAAGUUUUUAUAAUCGUUAUGAACGGUUCGAUAUCGAAGGAGAUGAAGAAACGCAAAAUAACUUCCCUUCUCAAGGCCACACAGAAAUGCCGCCUCCUACUGUACACUCUCCACCUCAAGAAAUGGAGAUAGAGAGAGAAGAUAAUAUGCGAACUUUUUUCAUGGAGGAUGGCAUUCCUGAACAAAAUCCAGUGGACCAGGCUAAUUCAUCUACACCUAAACUCAGGGAGGUUUGGCAGAACAUACAGAAGCAAAGGCCAACAAGAAAGAAGGCAAGGCAAUCUCCUGUGAAGAUGGAUAUCGAAAAUACCAUGAUUCCGAGCAAUAUGUACCAAACUUGGCUCCAAGAUUCAACUGACAUUGUGAUCAAAAGGCCAGAAAUUGUCAAGGUAGUCAAAGAGAAAUCAACUUUGAAGUUAGCCAAACUACUAGAUUUGCCGCCAGUAGCACUAUCUUGUGGGUUAGUAGGAAAGUACAAUGAUGUUCAUUAUCCACAAGCGCUACUAGACUUAUGGAUGACAACUAUGCAGCGUAUGAAUGAUUCACCUUCUGCAACAACUUCUUCACCCCGUCCACCAGAACGAUCAUCAUCGUCACUUCCCAAUGGACAAGAUUAUCGAAUUCCACCAGAAGUUCCUAUUGGAGGUAUUAGCCGUGGAACUACAUCUGAGAGAUUAGCCGCAGAAGAAAUAAGAGGAAUUCUACGGAAUCUUGGAACAGGAACCGAGGUUCCUAUACAAGACUUCAACCUCAUGUCCAAUAGUGUGGGCAAAACAAAUCCAAAUGCUUCAGCCCCGAACUCUGGAGCAUCUGUUAGAUCAAUGUCAGUUCCAAGCCCAGGUCCUGGACUUGAUUUCUUAUCAAACACUUCAGACAGCUAUUCUAAUCGGUUAAGAAGGAAAAGAUCUUCUAGUCAAUUGAACAAUGUUGGUUUGGAAUCACUGGAUGAAGAGAACCAAUGGAUGCAUGAAAUGGGAGAACAAAAUAUUCCAGAAUUCAGUGAAUUACUUCAAUCACGCUUUAAAUUGCCUAGACGCUCUAGACAAGGUCUAACCCCCCCUGAUCAAGAAUUGCUGGUUGAAACAGGACCUACACAAAAUCGGCUUCCUGCAAUAGAUGAGGAGGCUGACAGGAUGGCUUACAAUAUCUCAAUGCAUCUGAAGACAUAUUUUGAAGUUCUAGGUGCACCUCAGUCAGAAUCAUUGAACCAGCUAGCGUAUGGGAUGAACAGAAAACAAGCUGCACAGCUUUUCUAUCAGACCUGUGUUCUAGCAACGCGUGACAUCCUCAAAGUGCAGCAGAUAUCAGCAUAUGGAGACAUUACAAUUUCUAGAGGAGCUAAGAUGUGAAAACGGUAUGUAAUAGAGGACAGACUUCCUAACUUCACACAGAGAUCAUUA